AUGGGGUCCCCGUGGUGUGUGCCUGGCUGCUGUCCCUGUCACAGGCUGUCCCCACUGGGGUGGCAGGAAGGGGAGGCACCGAAGCGCGCAACGUAACGUGCACACCGCUUGUGGGUUUACACCGCGGGGUGUGGAAACGGGGCCAGGUCCCUACCCGGUCCUCCAUCAGCGAGGGCCCGGGGCUGCGGGAGGGCAGCUGACCCCGGGCUCCCCGUGGCAGCCCCCCGCUGGGCGCUGGGCGCCACCGCCGUGCUCGUGGGCCUCCUGCUGCUCGCCUGCUGCUUCUGCGUCUGCAAGAAGUGCUGCUGUAAGAAGAAGAAGACCAAGAAGGAGAAGGGCAAGGGCGCCAAGAGCGCCAUGAGCAUGAAGGACAUGAAGGGCGGCCAGGAUGAUGACGACGCCGAGACUGGCCUCACGGAGGGGGAGGGCGAGGGGGAGGAGGAGCCGGAGCCGGAGAACCUGGGGAAGCUGCAGUUCUCCCUGGACUACGACUUCCAGGCCAACCAGCUCACCGUGGGCAUCCUGCAGGCCGCGGAACUGCCCGCCCUGGACAUGGGCGGCACCUCGGACCCUUACGUCAAGGUCUUCCUCCUUCCAGACAAGAAGAAGAAAUACGAGACCAAAGUCCAUCGGAAGACGCUGAACCCCGCCUUCAACGAGACCUUCACCUUCAAGGUGCCCUACCAGGAGCUGGGGGGCAAGACCCUGGUGAUGGCCAUCUACGACUUUGACCGCUUCUCCAAGCACGACAUCAUCGGGGAGGUGAAGGUGCCCAUGAACACCGUGGACCUGGGCCAGCCCGUCGAGGAGUGGAGGGACCUGCAGGGUGGCGAGAAGGAGGAGCCGGAGAAGCUGGGUGACAUCUGCACCUCGUUGCGCUACGUGCCAACGGCUGGGAAGCUCACCGUCUGCAUCCUGGAGGCCAAGAACCUCAAGAAGAUGGACGUGGGUGGCCUUUCAGACCCCUACGUGAAGAUCCACCUGAUGCAGAACGGCAAGAGGCUCAAGAAGAAGAAAACGACAGUGAAGAAGAAGACCCUGAACCCGUACUUCAACGAGUCCUUCAGCUUCGAGAUCCCCUUCGAGCAGAUCCAGAAAGUCCAGGUGGUGGUCACCGUGCUGGACUAUGACAAGCUGGGCAAGAACGAGGCCAUCGGCAAGAUCUUCGUGGGCAGCAACGCCACGGGCACGGAGCUGCGGCACUGGUCUGACAUGCUGGCCAACCCCCGCCGGCCCAUCGCCCAGUGGCACUCGCUCAAGCCCGAGGAGGAGGUGGACGCACUGCUGGGCAAGAACAAGUAGGGGCCGCGGCCCGAGCCGCCGCUACCUCGGCCGGGCAGCCCUCCGGGCGUCCCUGCCAACCUGUGCUCGGCCGUGCCCUCGUUCCUCCGUCCUCGUCCGCUCUCUAAAGACCCCUCCCUCCGACGGCGGUGAGGAGGGCCCCUCGGAGGUGAGAGAAGCCUGGCCCGUUGUCGUCCGGGAGCUUCCUCGCUGCAUGCCCGCCACCCUCCUCCUCCAAAGCUCCGCCCAGGCCUCACCCCGAGGGAGGCUCUCUUGGCAGAAAGCGGCGGCAUUUUCUGUUUUCUGAGCGUCCCGGACCGACGGAACGGCUGCACCUCCUGACUCCUGGCA